AUUUUAAAUUACAACUCUUUUUGCCAUCUUAUUGUGUAUUUGAAGAUUAUUGUACCACUCUGUGAAAGAGAAGACGUGACUGAAGGUUUCUGGCUUUCAGAGUUUUAAGUGUCCUGGAGGUCUCAAGCAGACAAAGGUGAUUCAUUGAGGGCUUCAGACUAAGGACCUCUUCUGUGAUACUAAGGGCAUAGCCUGACAAAGACCUAAGACAACAGGGGAUUAAGAGAGAGGAAAGACAAGAGUCAGAAGAGUGAAGAGAGAAGAAAAAAGAGAGGGAGCGGGAGAUCACUAAACAACCUCCAGAGUUGUGAUGCCUUUUUUCACUGAAGCGCUUCAAAUAGCAUUCCCAAGGCUGUGGAAGAUCUGAACAGACGCCAGUCCUAGAGUGUGUUAUUAUCUGGAAGCUGCCCACAGCUGCUGAAGUGGUCAGGGGAGAGUUGACCACAGAAUCCCAGCUUUGUCUCCUUUGCCAGAGCUCUGUUUGGAUAAGGGUGCUUUGAGACUCACAGCCUGCUCUGGUGUGUGUGGGUGUAUCGUCAUGGAAUUCCUUGCAGCGGUCUUUGUGCUGUGGCUCCUGGCGUGUGGACCAGUCCCUGGUCAGGCAUUAGGCGACGCUGACACUCAGGAGUUUGACAGCAGCGACAAGAGCCCAGAGGCUGAGUUCUUGUCUGCUUCACGUGUUCGGCGGGCCCCCGAACCACCUCCUCAGGACAAGUGUUCCUACACCUUUAUAGUGCCUCAGCAAAAGGUUACGGGCGCUAUAUGUGUCAACUCCAAAGAGCCAGAGGCUGUUCUGGAGAACCGUGUUAACAAGCAGGAACUGGAGCUUCUGAACUCAGAGCUCCAUAAGCAGAAGAGGCAGAUUGAGACACUGCAGCAGCUGGUGGAGGUAGAUGGAGGUAUUGUCAAUGAAGUGAAGCUCCUUCGAAAAGAGUCACGCAACAUGAAUUCUCGCGUGACACAGCUUUACAUGCAGCUCCUGCAUGAGAUUAUCCGGAAAAGGGACAAUGCAUUGGAGCUCUCGCAACUGGAGAACAGAAUCCUUAACCAGACGUCAGAAAUGCUUCAGCUCUCCAACCGCUACAAGGAUCUGGAGCACAAGUACCAACAUUUGGCGUCUCUGGCCAACAACCAGUCAGCUCUUAUUGCCCAACUGGAGGCUCAGUGUCAAAGAGGACCACCGGUGGCGGUACCUCCAAGAUCCCUUCCCCAACCUCAGCCCCAACCAAGACCCUCGCUGCCAGUGAACAAACCUUACCAGCCCCCCACCUACACACGCAACAACCAGAUCACCAACGAGAUCCAGAGUGACCAGAACCUCAAAGUGCCACCACCUUUGCUUCCCACAGUACCAAGUACCACUUACAACCUCUCUGCCACAGACAAGCCUUCUGGUCCCUGGAAAGACUGUCUGCAGGCCUUAGAAGAUGGUCAUACCAACAGUGGCAUGUACUUGGUGAAACCUGAGAAUGCUAACAGGCUAAUGCAAGUGUGGUGUGACCAAAGACAGGACCCUGGUGGCUGGACCGUCAUUCAAAGACGUAUGGAUGGCUCUGUCAACUUCUUUCGGAACUGGGAAACUUACAAGCAAGGCUUUGGGAAUAUCGAUGGGGAAUAUUGGUUGGGUCUGGAGAAUAUCUACUGGUUGACCAAUCAGGGAAAUUAUAAGCUCCUCGUCACCAUGGAGGACUGGUCUGGCCGCAAGGUGUUCGCCGAAUACGCCAGCUUCCGUCUGGAAUCAGAGGCAGAGUUCUAUAAACUCCGGGUGGGCCGUUACCAUGGCAACGCUGGCGACUCUCUCACUUGGCACAAUGGGAAGCAGUUCACCACACUGGACAGGGAUCAUGACGUCUAUACAGGAAACUGUGCACACUACCAGAAGGGAGGAUGGUGGUACAAUGCCUGUGCCCACUCAAACCUGAACGGAGUGUGGUACCGGGGUGGGCACUACCGCAGCCGCUACCAGGACGGAGUUUACUGGGCAGAGUUCAGAGGCGGCGCCUACUCCUUGAAGAAAGUGGUGAUGAUGAUUAGGCCAAACCCCAACACCUUUCACUGAGAAACAUACAAACUAACAAAACCUUACCGCCCUCCCCCAAGCCACUGCCCUCCCUUAUUAAGUGCAAUUCAUACAUUAUUUUUU